AACACGUGAUAAUUUAGUAGUUUCCAAGCAGAGCAUUUGUUCAAUCGGCUUAUUUAGAAUGGAUCCUGAGGUCAAACAAAAAAGAUCGAAAAUGUCGGCUUUGGAGCAAUUGAAAAAAUACACUACUAUUGUAGCUGAUACUGGUGACUUUGAAAGCAUGAAGCUUUACAAGCCUACCGAUGCUACAACAAAUCCUUCUCUCAUUUUAAAUGCCGCUAAAAUGGAAAAGUACCAGGAGAUUGUACAAAAAGCUGUAGGAUAUGGCAGCAAGGUCGGAGGUUCCACCGAAGAAAAGGUCGAAGAAGCCAUGGAUUACUUGUGCGUUUUAUUCGGUUGUGAAAUUUUGAAAAUUGUACCAGGUCGUGUGUCCACUGAAGUCGAUGCUCGUCUAUCUUUUGAUACCGAGAAAAGCGUUAAGAAAGCUUUGAAAUUGAUUUCCUUAUACCAAGACAUGGGAGUCGGAAAGGAUCGCAUUCUCAUCAAAUUGGCCUCUACAUGGGAGGGUAUUCAAGCCGCCAAAAUCUUAGAAUCCCAACACAAUGUCAAAUGUAAUUUGACUUUAUUAUUCUCUUUUGCCCAGGCCGUAGCCUGCGCCGAGGCCAAUGUAACUCUCAUUUCGCCAUUUGUGGGUCGCAUCCUCGAUUGGUAUGUCGCUCAUACAGAUAAGAAGAAGUAUGAACCUAAAGAGGAUCCCGGUGUGGUUUCCGUCACAAAAAUCUACAACUACUAUAAGAAAUUUGGCUAUCAGACUGUCGUCAUGGGUGCUUCGUUCAGAAACACUGGCGAAAUUAAAGCUUUGGCCGGCUGCGACUUGCUAACAAUCGGACCCUCUCUCCUUAAGGAACUCGAGAAUGAUGCUGAAGAAAUCACUCCCCAAUUGAAUGCUGAACAAGCAGCUCAAGUUAAUCUUGAGAAGAUUACUGUUGAUGAACCUACUUUCAGAUGGAUGCUUAACGAGGACGCCAUGGCAACCGACAAACUUGCUGAGGGAAUUCGUAAGUUUGCAGUUGAUGCCGUUGCCUUGGAAAAUCUCAUCCGCAAACACUUUUAAAAAAAGUGAACUUAUCUAUAAAUAUUUUCUCAAAUCGGUACAGGGCCCCAUUAACUAUUCCACUAUGUUAUGUUAAUACUAAUACAUAACAAUCAUAUUUUUGUAUGAGUAGAAAUAAAAAAAAUUGUUUUUCUUAAGAUUUUUUAUAAAAUCUUUUUUUGUAUAUA